AUGGCGGGCUCUGGGCACCUGGAUUUGAUGCAUGGCCUCCCGUCGCUUCGCUUCGAGGCGCCGCUGAGUGAAGGAGAGAAAAAAUUCAGUAAAAUGGUCAGGGUCCGCGCCUGGGCUCACACCAUGUGCAGUUGUGCUCACGCCGCUUUCUACUGCAGUCUUCUGACAGCCGUCAGAUGCCAUGUGCUGGAAAACACCUGUUUUCCCCAUUCCUGGCUCGCAAAGUUCCAGAUACUCCAAUCCAGCAGUGAUUGUCUGCGCAUUGGAAUCCUGGGUGAGGGCCACCUUGUGAAGCAGCUGGUGUUGGUUUUGAUUCAGCAUGGAAAUGUGGCCCCAAUGCACAUCACCAUCUCCACCAAGAGACCAGAGACAUUCGAGGAGCUAAUGGAUCUGGGAGUCCACUGCACCUAUGACAACCAACAGCUGGCUGCUUCUGUAGACGUGUUAUUUCUCUGCUGUCAGCUAUUUCAACUGACAUUGGUUUCCUCUCAAAUACGGGGCCACAUCUCCAAGACCUGCAUUGUGUACAGCCUGGUGACUGCAGUACCUGCAAAGAGGCUCCAAAAUCUCCUAGGACACAGCAACAUAGUGAGACCACAGUAUAUUAUUCAAGAAGAUCCCUGGCUUUAUCUGUGGGAGAAGUAUAGAAGUGUUGUUGAAGGCCUGCUUGUUCAGGAAGUGGUCGAAGAAACAAGCCCAUUUAAGUUGAAAAGUCAAAAAUGUGUGAAAGCAAAGUGGUUUGAGGAAGUUUUGUACUCGGUCCUGAAUGCAUGCAACUUUCUGAAAGUGCCUCACCUGAGCACAUUGAGGAUUCUCAACAAUCUGCUGUUUGGUGUCACACAAGGUCUGGAAGCUUUGAGUGAUCCAGAUUUAUUCGUGUGUGAAAGCUUCGUUACUGAAUUGUGUGCACAAUCACUGUCACAUAACAGCCCUUUCCCCUGGAUCGACUUAUCUUCAGUGUCUGCGCAGGCCACACCCCUUACGAAAUUCUUCAACGUACACCCACGGCUUCAGAGCCAUUUCGGCUUUGUGUAUCGCAUGAAGAUGUUAAAGAAGACAAACAAACCUGAUGAUGACGGAUGCUGUAGACUCCGGACCUCUGAAGAAAGAUGGAUGAUGGAUUGGAAUUGAUCUAUUGAAUCCAUUGUUGCUGCAUGCUUUCAACUUGAAGGCAUACAACUUUAAAGAAAUUAUAGAAUGACUACUCUGAAGUACAACAAUGUCAUACUGUGCUUCUCUAACCCUUGUUUUUAACCACCAACAUUGUUCCAUCUCCUCCUUCAAACAGUUAUCACUGUUCACCUCUUUGUGCUAUCUUCUCCAUAGCUGCAUUAUUCACCUUUGUAAGAAAAGGAUGUGAGUGCUUAGGACUGCACACUUUUCCAUUCUGAUCAAAUACUUACCCAGUUGGGAUAAAAUGGGGUAGAUACAGAGUAAAGUCCUCCCAUCACUGUCCCUUCAAAGAAAAGAAAUACUAGCUUUAUUUGUCACUUGUACAUUUGAAAAUAUAUAGUGAAAUGUUUUGCUUACAUCAAUCAAAUCAGUGAAGAUUGUGCUGGGGGAAGCCCGCAAGUUCUGGAUCCAACAUAGUAUGCUCUCGACUUACCAACCCUAACCUAUACAUCUUUGGGAUGUGGAAGGAGACUGGUGCACCUGGAGAAAUCCACGUAAUCACAGGGAGAACAUACAAACUGCUUACAGAUAGCAGCAGGAAUCAAAACCCGGUUUUUGAGCUGGUGCUAUAAAGUGUUGCCGUAACCACUAUGCUGCUCUACUGCCCCAACAUUUCUAAAGCAGAAACUACAAGUGAGAUUCAGAGAAUGCCACUCACACAGCUCCUUUACUAUUCAAACCUAUCAUGACUUUGAAAACAUCUAUAAAAUCAUCCUUUAACUUGCUCUACUCUAAGGAGCACUCCUCCGGCUUUUGUAAUCUCGUCACAGAACCAAAGACUCAUCCCUAGAACCAUCCGGGAGAACAUCCUCUGUAGUCCCUCUCAGCUCCAUUAGUUGGUAAGUUAAUUAAAAGUUCAAAAUAACUUUAUUUUCAAAGUACAUAUCUCUCAUUAUGUAUAACCCUGACAUUUGUUUUAGACCAUAAGGCAUAGGACCAGAAUUAGGCCAUCUGGCCCAUCAAGUCUACUCCGCCACUCAGUUAUGACUGAUCCUUUUUUCUAUCUUGUCUUCAACCCCAGUUCCUGGCCUUCUCCCCAUAACCUUUGAUGCCAUGUCCAAUCAAGAACCUCUCAAUCUCUGCCUCAAAUACACCCAACGAUCUGCCCUCCACAGCUGCAUGUGGCAAUAAAUUCCAUAAAUUCACCACCCUUUGGCUAAAGAAAUUUCUCCGCAUCUCUGUUUUGAAAGGGCACCCCUCUAUCCUGAAGCUGUGCCCUCUUGUCCUAGACUGUUUCAUCAUGGGAAACAUCCUUUCCACAUCUGCUCUGUCUAGGCCUUUCAACAUUCAAAAGGUUUCAAUGAGAUCCCCAUCAUCCUUCUGAAUUCCAGUGCAUACAGACCCAGAGCUAUCAAACAUUCCUUGUGUGAUAACCAUUGCAUUCCUAGAAUCAUCCUUGCGAACCUCCUCUGGACCCUCUCCAAUGCCAGCACAUCUUUUCUAAGAUGAGGGGCUCAAAACUGUUCACAAUAUUCAAGGUGGGGCCUCACCAGUGCCUUAUAAAGUCUCAGUAAUACAUCCUUGCUCUUGUAUUUUAGACCUCUUGAAAUGAAUGCUAACAUGGCAUUUGCCUUCCUCACUACCGACUCGACCUGCAAGUUAACCUUCAGGAUGUUCUGCACAAGGACUCCCAAGUCCCUCUGCGUUUCAGAUUCCUGAAUAUUAUCCCCAUUUAGAAAAAAAUCCAUACAUUUAUUUCUACUACCAAAGUGCAUGACAAUGCAUUUUCCAACAUUGCAUUUCAUUUGCCACUUCCUUGCCCAUUCUCCUAAUCUGUCCAGGUCCUUCUACAUCCUACCUGUUUCCUCAACACUGCCUGCCCCUCCACCAAUCUUCAUAUCAUCUGAAAACUUGGCGACAAAGAUGAACUCUGUCAUCUAAAUUACUUAUAUACAGCAUAAAAAGAAGCGGUCCCAACACCGAGUCCUGAGGAACACCACUAGUUACUGGCAGCCAACCAGAAAAGGAUCCUUUUAUUCCCACUCGCCUCCUACCAAUCAGCCAAUGCUCUAACCAUGUUAGUAACUUUCCUGUAAUACCAUGAGCUCUUAACUUGGUAAGCAGCCUCAUGUGUGGCAUCUUGUCAAAGGCCUUCUGAAAGUCCAAAUAUACAACAUCUACUACAUCCCCUUUAUCUAUCCUACAUGUAAUCUCCUCAAACAAUUCCAACAGGUUUGACAGGCAGGGUUUUCCAUAAGGUUUUCUUGCAGGCAUACACAGAAACACAAUAGAAUCACUAAAAGACCACACCCAAUAGGACAGACAAACAACCAAUGUGGGAAAGACAAUAAACUGUGCAAAUACAAUAAUAAUAAUAAAUAAGUAUUGAGAACAUGAGAGCCCUUGCUUAUGGGAACAGUUCAGUGAUGGGGCAAGUAAAGUUGAGUACAGUUCAAGUAAACUUAUUAUCAAACUACAUACAGUAUAUAUCAUCAUAUACAACUUGAGAUUUGUUUUCUUGGGGGCAUAAAUCCAAGAAACAUAAUAGAAUCAAUGAAAGACUACACCCAACAGGACAACCAACCAACCAAUGUCUAAAAGAUAGCAAACUGUGUAAAUACAAAAUUUUAAAAAAGAAAUAAUAAUACUAAAUUAAUAAAUAUCGAAAACAUGAGAUAAAUCCUUGAAAGGGGUUUGGGAGGAGUUCAUUGAUGGGAUGAGUGAAGUUAUACCCUCUGGUUCAAGAGCCUGUUUGUCGAUGGGUAACAUCUGUUCCUGAACCUGGUGGUGUGGGUCCUAAGGCUCCUGCACUUUCUCCCUGAAGGCAGCAGCGAGAAGAGAGCAUGUCCUGUCCAUUGAUGAUGGAUGUGCUUUCCUGCAACAACGCUCCAUGUAGAUGAGCUCAACGGUGGGGAUAGCUUUACCUAUGAUGGACUGGGCCUUAUCCACUACCUUUGGUAAAAUCCUACUAUGAUGCAACUAGUCAAUAUACUAUCCAAAUUUUGAAGUCUCUCAAAGUUUUACAUGUCAUGCUGAAUCUUAGUAAACUCCUAGGGAAGUAGAGGUGUUGCCGUACUUUCCUUGUAAUGGCACUUACGUGCUGGGCCCAGGACAGAUCCUCUGAAAUGAUAACUGAGAAAUUUAAAGUUGCUGACCGUCUGCACUUCAGAUACCCCAAAGAGGACUGGCUUAUGGACCUCCGGUUUCCUCCUCUAAGUCAAUAAUCAUCUCCUUGGUCUUGAUGACAUUGAGUUGUGUCACCACUCAGGCAGAUUUUCAAACUCCCUCCUAUAUGCUGAUUCAUCACCACCCUCGAUUCAGCCAAUGACAAUGGCGUCGUCAGCAAACAAAUAUGGCAUUGGAGUUGUGCUUAGCCUCACAAUGUAAAGUGAAUAGAGCCAUGUGGUGCACCUGUGCUGAUGGAGGUUGUGGAGCAGAUGCUUUUGCCAAUCAGAACUGACUAAGGUCGGUAUGUGAAGAAAUAGAGAAUCCAAUUGCACAAGGAGGUAUUGAGGCCAAGGUCUUAAAGCUUAUUGUUUAGUUUUGAGGGGAUCAUAGUAUUGAAUGCCAAGCCAUAAUUGAUGAAGAACAUCCUGCUGUAUGCAUCAUUGCCAUCCAAAUGUUCCAGGGUUGAGGGAAAAGCAUUUGCUGUGGACCUGUUGUGCCAGUCGGCAAAUUAGAGCAGAUCCAAGUCACUUCUCAGGCGGGAAUUAAUAUGUUUCAUCAUCAACCUCUGAAAGCACUUCAUUACAGUGAAUGUAAGUGCUACUGGGCAAUAGUCAUUGAGGCAUGUUACCAUGUUCUUCUUAGGCACUGGUAUAAUUGAAGCCAACUUGUAUCUGGAUAUCUCAGACUGCCGAAGUGAGAGGUUAAAGAUAUUGGUGAACACUCUAGCCAGUCGAUCAGCAUGGGUUUAUCCACUUCAAGGAGGCUCUUGUGUUGGCCUCAGUAUCUGAAAUCACAGGAUCACUGGGGACUGUGGAAGUUCAUGAAGGUUCUUCCUUGUUUUGGCAGUCAAAACGAUCAUAGAGGUGUUGAGUUCAUCUAGGAUCUCAAUUGGCCACUGUAAAUUGCCCCUUGAGUGUAGAUAAGUGCUGAAUCUGAGGUGGUUGGGGGAGAGGGUUGAAUGGAUGGAAUUGUGGGGAUUAGUGUAAGGGUAAUGUUUCACAGCGCAAAUCUGGUGGGCUGAAGGGUCUGUUUCUGUGCUGUCAGACUCCAUGACAAACCUAAUCAAAACCUUUAAGACACGAAAAUCUGCAGAUGCUGGAAAUCCAAAGCAAAUAAAGACUUGAAGAAGGGUCUUGGUCCAAAAUGACAAUUGUUUACUCUUUUCCAUAGAUGCCACCUGGCCUGAGUUCUUCCAGCACUUUAUGUGUGUUGCUAAUCAAAACUUUAGUAAAUCUUAGUAUGGUUGCCCAGUAACACUGGGAACAGCUUUUACAAAGAAUUAAAGUAGUUUUAAGUUCAGACCUCAGCCUUUACACCAUAAUCCUGUAUAGUAUUCCUCUGGUAUAAUUUAUGUCUGGAAUAUCUUACUGCUUUUGAACUGUUACUAAAUAUGUAAUAACAUUCUGUUAGCUGCCUUUUCAAUUUGUGCCAUUGGCAAAGUUUAAGGUUUGAUUUUUUUUUAAAGUCUCUUCCUUCUCGAUAUCUAGACAAUUUUCCAGCCCACUGGGAGGGUUCCCUAUUUCCUGCACUCUGGCCUUGGCAGUUAU